CCAAUCCGAGAACUGAAGGCGGGCCACCAGCUGGAUCCAGGCCCCGCCCCCGGCUCCCAUCCAAUGGUAAUCUCUUCCUCUGGGGGCUGGGCUAACAGGCAGGGCUCCAAGCUGCUAGCACAGGCACUAGGCUCACAGCCAGGGAGGAUGUGUUGCUGCUGCUGCUGUCAAUGGUGCCGCCGCUGUCAGCGGCUGUCCUGUUCCCUGAAGCUGUUGCUGUUGCUGCCACUUGUCCUUGGACCUCCCUUUGCUGUGGCAUCAGAGGGCCCACACCGCUGUGACACCAUAUACCAGGGCUUUGCCGAGUGUCUCAUCCGCUUGGGAGAUGGAAUGGGCCGUGGAGGCGAGCUGGAGACAGUCUGCAGGUCCUGGAAUGACUUCCAUGCCUGUGCCUCUCAGGUCCUGUCAGGCUGCCCUGAGGAGGCUGCUGCUGUGUGGGAGUCACUGCAGCAAGAAUCUCGCCGGGCCCCUCACCCAAAUAACUUGCAUGCUUUGUGUGGCGCUCCUGUGAGCAUCAGGGAUUCUGGUGCUGGCCCAGAAACCAACCAGGAGACAUUGCGGGCAAUGGCACCUGAACCCACUCCAGCCUCUGUACCCCCAUUAUUCGCUGCUGCUCUGGCAAUUGCCUACCUCCUGGGACCUCUGGCCUAACCAGUCACACCACCAGCUAGCAGUGCCUGGGCCUCCAGUGCUGGAGCUCAU